AUGUCGCAGAAGCGUCACGAGAAAUUGACCGCGCAGGCCGAAUCCAAUAUUAGAUCGUAUCAGGAAAAGACAGCUGAUCUGACCGACCGGAUCGAAAGCGUUCACGCCAAAGAGAUAUCGUCUUUGAGCGAAACGAUAGACGAACUGAAGGGACGGUUGGACGAGGCCACCAAGGCACGAAAACCCGAGGACAACGUGCUAUUGAAGGAAGCGAACCGAUUGAGAGAAUCGGCGAAGACGACUGAAUCCCAACUGCGACGUUUGCAACAACAGCUGGAUUCCAAGAGCCAAGAGGUUGAAAUGGAGAAACGAGAGAGAAAAGAAACGGAGGCGAGGCUGGCCGCCGAAAUCGGCCGAACGCACGAGAGAUCGAACGAGGCGGUUCUUCUGGAGAAGACUCAAGACGAGCUGAGAAGCGUCGAGAAGAAACUGAGAGCGGCGAACGAGAGAGAGAUUAAGACGAAAGCAAAACUCGAUUCCAAAAUCAAGGAAAUGGACGAAUGGACGAACAGACUCGAGGAGGUGAAGAGGCAGCGCGACGAACUAGCGACUAAACACGAGAGGAUAGUCGGAGAACGUGACGAUGCGCUAGGUCGCACCGAAGAAGAGUUGGCGUCGCAGAAACUAGAGUGGAAAAAAUCCGCGUCCGAGGUUCAGUCCCUGAGGAAAGAAUUGGAAACGACGAAAAGCAAGCACAACGAAGAUGUGACGAAACUCAGACAAUCGAACGCAGCCACCGUGAAAAAGCAUCGAACCGAAACGGAUACGUUGAGAGAAGAGGCUAGAUCGUUGCACGACGAGAUUGCUUCCGCGAAAGAAAAACUGGCCGAAAGCCUCGCCGACAACGAGAAGAUAACC